AUGACUCCAUCUUAUGGAAAUUCGGGUUUUUUACCUUAUGGAAGACCAAGUUUAGUUCCAACAAUUUUUGUAGAACUUGGUUUUUCUAAUCUUUUUAUGUACCAUUUGGUUUUAUCUCACUAUUUAAAUGUAAAAAAUUAA